AUCAAGCUGCCCAAUUCCGUCCUCGACGGUUGCGAAUCCUCAUUCAAGGCCGCGGACGAAGCGCGCAAGAAGGCGAGCACUCAAUUCUUCGACGACACUGCGCUUAUGGCUCUCGUAUGCCGUCAUGAUCGCGUUCUCUGGCUUGCGAACAUGACCAGCGCAGGCGAACGUCAGCAUUAUGCCAUUGCACUCCUUGACAAGUUCUUCCGCCACGUGCCGGCAACAUUCCGUGCGGGUGUGUUAUACGACAUAGGCUGUCAGUUGCAUCGAAGCUGUUAUAAGUGGGACCUCCUACCAGAUUACCGCGACCGCAUAGUGUUCACGAUCUCGGUGUUCCACGCGUUUGGCCACCAAUGGCUAUGUCAAAUCAUAUACCACCCGCGAAAGUGUGCGUGUUUUGGCCUUUCAGAUGGAGAA